AUGAAUUUGAAAUUUGUAUUAUUUUUCGCAUUAAUAUUUUGGACGAGUCAAGCAGUUUUGUCAGUUCCAUUGAACGAUUUUCGUCUUUUUAUGCCUCGAUCAAAUUUGGCAAUGUUGGAAACAGAAGAACUUGUCCUAGGUGAUCCAAUUGAUGCCUUUGAUGAAGAAAUAUCAUUAGAGGACAUUGCAGACUUGAUACUACAGCAAGAAAUUUCAUCGUUUCCAAGAUCAAGUUUUAUGCCUGAUAUGUAUGAUGAAUACGAUGUUGGACAAUUCGAUGCACCUGAAGUCGAUCCUCAAAUGGCUACCAAUUUAAGAAGAUGCAGAUGUGGUGAUCCUUUAUGUCUUUGUGACAACUACGGCUACUGA